AUGACCUUCUCGAUCCCCUCGAAACUCGUCAUCACUAAGGGCACUGAGCCACCAUCUAAUAUCAUUGCUUCUAUCCAGUCUACAGGUCGCGAAUCUAUUCUACGUGGCUCUGGCAGUGCCAACUCGGCUGCGGUCUGUAUACUAGAGACGCCGCCAUCGGCUGAGAUACGGACGACGCCACAGUCUAGUCCAGUGAGAGGGCUGGUGAGGCUGAUUGAGCUGGGGGAGAGACUCACAAUGUUGGAUUUGACUCUCACAGGCAUGGAGGAGGGCAAAUAUUGGGCUAGCGUGAGAGCCAGUGGGGACAUUUCGGCUGGCAAAAAGAGCAUGGGUAACAUUUUUAUGGGCCUUGCAGGGGAUAGAGAAGGCUCGAUUGGUGAGUUAAUGGUCGAUAAAACGGGAAGGGGAGUUCUAGUCGGUGAAAUUGGCUGGCGCGUCUGGGAAAUGGUGGGAAGAGGGGUGGUUGUAGAAAGAGCAGAGGACUCAAUCGUGGCCACGAAAGAGCGAGGAGAUGAAAUCGUCGUUGGGGUCAUUGCUAGAAGCGCUGGUCUUUGGGAGAACGACAAGACGAGGAGCGACAGCAAAGUAACGUCGGAAUCCAAUGCGCGAUAG